AUGAUGAAGGAGGAUGUUGUCGUCGUUAUGAAUAUAAUUCUGGAGUUGCAAGAUAGCUUGAAGAGAUGCGUGAAGAUUUGUGAUGAUGAAGAAGAUUCACCAAGUUUGAUACCAGGCUCAAGAAUGAGGAAGGUUGAAGAUGAAGAUGAAGAUUAUUUCGAAAAUAUCAGAGAGAUUCAGAAUAAGAGUUGCAGCAGGUUUAUAAGGGAAAAUUGUGCGCAGCUGGUUGAAACCUCAAUCGUGAAGAGCUUGAAACAUGGUUUGAAUAAAUGUAAUCAUGAUGCAACAUAG